AUGGAAACCUUUAAAGAGAAGUUUGAGAUUAUUGAGACGAUGAGAAACGAAAACAGGUUUUCAGCAAAGAAUUAUGUAGGAUACAAGAAUUAUUUGAAAGUGAAGUUGAGAGACGCAGAAAAGAGGAAGAUGGGAGUGUAUAAGCUUGAGUCGAAUGUGUGUAAGUCGCUAAUGCUUAAGUCCGUGAAGUUUUUGAAGAACAACUUACAUAUUUUGAAGAAAGAUACGUCGGAGUUUGGGAAGAUGUACAGGGAUCUUAUGAAGGGAAUGAUAGGAGCCGGGGAUGUUGAAGCAGGUGUUUUCAUGAGUCUACGAGAAAGAUUGGUGGAGUUUAAAAGCUUUUUGAACCAGAUAAAUGGAAUACUUGAGCAUGCACCUUACAAUGUUGAUACAUCGAUGCUAAAGGUCAAGGAGAUGUGGCAUGAUGUUGAGCUUAGAUUUGAUACAGAUGCAGAGCGAAAGGCUUUUCAUGAAGGAGUGGUUUUUGAAGGGAGAGGAUAUGAUGCUGAGGUGGCAAGAAGAGUGAAGAAGAUAGAAAAAGCGAAGAGAAAGCUGUUUGUGUUGAUUGAGAAGAGACCUACAAAGGUUCUAUGUAUUGGAAAGAAAGCACAAGUAUUGCAGUCAGAGCUUGAGGGACUGAAGAUGUUUUUGGGAGAGAACUUGGUUGAAUCAAAGUAUAUUAAUAAGGUACUUGAAGACACGAAGAGCUUGUGUAUGUACUAUGCAAAGAUUUAUGAGUUCAUAGUAUUUUUGAAGAAUGAUGAGAUGAUUGAUGCAUUUGUUGUUCCGACGAUGUUCAAAAACCUUGAGUUGCAGAUUGUGCAAGCAAGAGAGGACUUUUCGAAGGUUCCGAAGAAGUAUUUGAAGGCGGAGUUGAUGAAGCAGCUGGAGGAGUCAUUGAUUCCAAAGGAACCCGUUAUAAAGAUGCCGUUUGUCCCUGUGAUAUUUGACAUUGCAAGGGAUUACAUUAGCUAUCCGCCUGAUGAUAAAAAGCUUUCUGAGCUGUUUAAACAGCUUUCGAUGUCAAAUGAUUAA